AUGAAAGAACAUACGACUGAAAUCAUACGGCAAACACCCACCGAGAUGCCCAACAAAGUUGUCAUUGUUAUGGUCGGGCUGCCGGCUCGAGGAAAAUCGUAUAUCGCACAACAGAUAGUGUCAUUUUACCAAGACGCGUAUCAGGACAGUUCUAGCUGUCGGUUGUUCAAUGCAGGAAAAGAGCGCCGUUCCAAGACGUUCCGCGAAGUAACAGAAAUCGAAGAAUCAGAAGACAGUUCUCAACUUUAUCGCACAGUUACUCGCCAACGGCAUCACGUUGAUGAGUCUCAUCGUGAUUUUCGUCUGCACGAAAAAGCCGUCGUUGACAGACCCGAGUUUGACGAGUCAGACGACGACGAGUCAGACGACAACGAUGACACAGUGAGGAUGCGUGUGAAUGAGGAACAUCUAUCUGGAACUUCAGUAUUGCCGACUAUGUUGUUCGACACAGGGAACGCAGACGCUGUGCGGGCGCGAGACCAAAUCGCAUUGGCGACCACUCAAAAAUUGUGCAUUUGGCUGGAGUCCCACGAUUCUCAUCGCGUGGCUCUCUUUGAUGCCACCAACACAACAGCCGCCAGAAGAGCCAUGAUUUUCGAAACUGUUCGGGCACACACGUCCGCCGAAACCCCCAUAAUAUUCACCGAAAGCGUUUGCAACGACCCAAAGACCAUUCACAACAAUAUUCUGCACAAAGUGACCAUGUCCCCAGACUACCUCCAGAACCCAGACAAAGAAUGGUGCUAUCGCGAUUUUCGUUCGAGACUCCUGAACUACGAACGCGUGUACGAGCCUUGCGAUGUUGGUAUCGAAUUCAAAAACGACACUUUUGUAGACCAGAUAAAAGUGGUUGACAAAGGCGCUCAAAUUGUUUCCCUACCAGGGACGUCACUAGCACAUGACUGCGGUCUUCUCGAAUUUCUGGAUCACGUUUACCAAACCCCUAACAAACAAUUCACCGGGGCGUUACCACGUAUGUUGGAUUCCAUUUCUGCGGUGCGCUCUUCUUGCUCGUCUACGUCUUCAUCACUGUUUUCAAUCCCAGGUCUUUUACUUGCUAACUGCACUUUUGAACUUGAAAACGCGCAGAACAUCACAGACGAGGUGUUAGACCAAGUAGAACGGCAGACCAUGCUACAAAACGGCGAUUCAACUGAACAUAAACAGCGGAAACAGACUAGCGGGUGA